AGAGAGAGAGAGAGAGAGAGAGAGAGAGGGAGAAGCCUAUCCGGAAACAUUCUUCCUCCUCGUUGCUACUGCGGGGCCACAGCCUUAGCUUGUGGCUCAAAUUUCUUCUCUCUCUCUCACUCUCACUCUCAUCACUCACUCUCAUUAAGGCUUCCUUCCUUCUCCAUCCUGUCUCUCUUUCUCUGGCUGGACUCUGGUGGAUGGUGCUGGAGUUCACAUUUGUUUCAGGUUUCACUUACACAUAGGAUAUGCUGGUAGGGCUUAUAAGCUUAACUUGAUCCCUUCAUGGCUCUUUCUGCAAGCAACGUUUCACAUGGUUCUGUAGCUAUUGAUGGCACCACUAUCAAUAACUUCCAGGGAACUAACUAUAGUUUUGGUAAGUCACCACAGCACACCAAAUUACAUAGUCCGAAUCAAGGAAAUGAUUUUGGACAACAAAGCAAUGGGCAUGCCCUGAAAUCAAAGUUGAAGUUUCCUAAGAAAGUUUGGCACAUAUGUGCAAAACCCAGUGAAUUCUUACUGUCUCGAGGACUUUCUAUCAUACGCCGGUCAAGUGCACGCAAUGCUGAAACUCAAGAAUGUAUUAGGCACCGUUCUGAUCCAGACACAUCAAGAGCACAAGGUUGUCAUGAGGUUGAUGAACAUCCUGUCAUGCCUGAGAGAACUAUGCAGUCAAGCCAAGGAUUAGCAGAGGCUUGCCAAUUUGUUUAUAAUGAUGCCCGCUUUGUCAAUGAAAGGGCUCGGAAUGAUAUUGUCUUACUUUCUCGCGGGAUAAUGAGGUUGGAUGCUCGUGCUCGCCAAGAUGUUGCUAUUAUUGGUUCAGGGUUUCUUAAGCUCGAUGCUCGAGCAAGAAAGGAUACCCAGAAAAUUGACCAUGACGUGAAGAAAAAAGCUGAAAGACUUAAUCAUAUUGCUACUAUUUUAAGAGACAAAGCUCAAUCUAGAUUGAAGAGUGCUGCUGACAAGCAUUGGAGUGAUGGAGCUUUGGAGGCUGACUUGCGGCGUGCUGAUUUCUUUGCCAAGCAACGUGCAAUGGAAGAUGCUUUAAUGGCUUUGGAGUUUGUCAAAAACAUCCAUGACAUGAUGUUGAGCAAGAUGUACAAGCUGAAAAGAUGCCCUCAAUUAGGCGAUGGCAUGGAAGGGUGUAUAACGAUCGAAAAGAAUGGCAGAACUCUUGACUUCUUCCCAGGAGAAGUAUCUGCAGAUCGCAUUACUGCCAUUCAGGAGGCCUACCGGAGCAUGGCAUCUGCACUAUCUGAAGCUGACGGAAUUGAUUAUACUGAUCCUGAGGAGCUAGAGUUGUUGAUUGCUACACUUAUAGAUCUUGAUGCAAUGGAUGGAAAAAGUAGUGUAUCUUUAUUGGCCGAGUGUUCGAGUUCUCCUGAUGUCAAUACUAGAAAAGCAUUAGCUAACGCAUUAGCAACAGCACCAUCCAUGUGGACUCUUGGAAAUGCAGGCAUGGGAGCAUUGCAGAGGCUGGCAGAAGACAGCAACCCGACGAUUGCUGCAGCGGCAUCAAAAGCCAUCUAUGAGCUGAAGAAACAAUGGGAAAUAGAGGAGGGGGACAGCUGGAGGUUCAUGAUGAAUCAGAAGCCAACACAGGUAGAUGACGAUGAUGCUGAUGCAGCAUAAUAACAGAUCUCUAUCAGACUAUACUGUAGAUACUAGAUAUCAAUUAACAUAACGUUUGUCCGACGCCGACAAACUCAAAGGGGGUGCAUGCUUACGUCGCGCGGACAACAUUGUAGAGAUUUUGAUUUUAUUUGUUACACGUGAAAUUAAACAGAAAAAUGUUUGAAACUAA